AUUUUAUGUAUAGUAAUGUGGUACAUCUUUUUGAUCCUGACCUCGAGUGCUUACAAUCUGGGGAGGUGAUAGCAAAGGUAUUUCAGGCUUAAAGGCAGUGUGGGCUUCAGGUCAGGCACAUUCAGAAGGACAUCGUAUCGUUUUCCUAAAUCGCAUCUGAGUUGAAGCUGCUGUUUCUCGGGGCGCAGGAAAGGGCAGGAUGAGGGUCCCCGCUGCCCUCGCAGGCUGGGCUUGUGCUGCUCUCUGCCUGGCAUCCAGCUCCUCUGCCUUUUCCCAUGGGCCCGGCUCGGUGGCCUGUGCGGACCUGCAGCCCAAGCACAUUCCAGCCCAGCCUCAGAACCCCAGCAGCCACCACAUCACCAUUCUCACUGGCAGCUCUUCCUACUCACCGGGUGACACGGCUUCGGGUAUUCGUGAUUUCAUGGGCUUUCUACUCUGGGCCCGAAGAGAGUCUGAUCAUCAGAUAGCUGGCACUUCUGUUUUCAUUCCUCCUCAUUCCAAACCGAUGGCUUGUUUUGAAGAGGCUGACACAGUCACCCACGUGGACAAGUCCCGGAAGAGAAAUCUGUCAUUUGAGUGGUGGGCCCCCGCCCACCCUGUAGGGGACGUCAGGUUCCUAUAAGAGAUGGUCCAGUCAUAUUUCAUUUACUGGGCGAGGAUUGAAUCACCUGUCGUGUCUCAACAGACACACAGUAGAGCUAGUUCCGACAGCCACGUGGAGCCGGGCUCACCUAUGCCAGCCCCUGGGCAGAGACCGGAGGGCAUGGAAGGAACUGCCCCGGCCCCCAGGGUCCCUGUCACUCUUCCUCAGCAGUGCACAGAUGUCUCUGCUGUGGCCGUCCCUGGAGCUGCAGAAGAGGACAGGUCAGAUCCUGUUCCGGCCAAUGUUCGGGUGACAGAAUUUCCUGGGGCUGCAGAGACUCCAUUCCAAGCAUCUUCACACAUAGCUGCCGUAGUCAGCGAUGGCCACCAACCCAGUGGGGACAGCGGCCCAACCCGGGAACCAUCCCUGGACGUUCAUGGGCUGGAGAGGUUCGUGGCCAUCAGGGGAUUCUCCUCGGAGAGCUUUGCUUCCAGCCCUAGCACCCACCACAGGACUCAGAAUGAUCCAAGCUUUGAUUCACUGGAAACUUGCCUACCCUCGGAUAGGGAUAACAGCCAAGACGAGAUGAAGGCCUCAAAUAGGAUGGUGAUGAGGCCUCCUCUGUACACUAUCCAUCCUUCCUAUCCUCACCUCUGGUCCUCUGGGGCACUCUCUGGACAUGGGGCCAGGGCGGCCAAUCCAACCCCUGUGCUCCACACCUCUGCCACCUCCAGGCCACCCACUGCCAGUGGCCAGUCAGAGGCAUCAAGACCCUCUGCCAGCUUCCUGUCUCAGUCAAAGCACAAGGAGCCCAAAGUGAGGGAGGGCAAUGGAGACAGUGGCGUGGGGCACCCCAGGAAGGCCAACCCAAGACCUGAGCUUGGGCAAGACGAAGCCAGGGCCCCUUUGGGGAUCCAGCUCGAGACUCUGCAGCUGGGAAUCCUGCUUUGCCUUUCGGCUGCUUUGGGCAUGGCCGUGGCUGUUGACCUUCUCUACCUGCAUUCCCAGUCUUGCCACAAGCGGACGGAAGUAUCCUUUAGUGAGCCUGCUGGGGGCGCAGCUGCCAGUGAUGGAGGCGAGAUCGUGCAUGUCAGGAGGAUUGGGGAGAACAGUUUUGUUUUGGUUGAAGCAGAAGACAGCUGGAUCACUCCCUCUGCGGGCAGCAAGAAAACAGUCCUCUGA